UGAAAAGCACAAUUUCAUUCAUAAGACGUGCGCCGCCGCUGCUGCGGAACGAAUUAAAGUAAAAAUGGAUCGCAAACUGCAUAGUGCUAUACAUCAUCCUACUCUUCGACUGCUGCAGGAGUCUGGCUGUGAAAUACUGCCACAUAACUUGAUGUAUCCUGUCUUCAUAAUCAGCAACGACGAUGAAGUGCAACCCAUUGCAAGUAUGCCAGGCAUAUCGCGAUACGGUCUGAACCGAUUACGCGAGCACUUGGAGCCGCUGGUCAAAAAAGGUUUGACCUCUGUGUUGCUCUUUGGCGUGGUGGGAACUGAGCACAAGGACGAUCAAGCGACGAACGCUGACUCGAGUGUGAAUCCCGUUGUGUUGGCUUUGCCCAAACUGCGGGAAUGGUUUCCAACUCUGCUGCUUGCAUGUGACGUAUGCAUCUGUCCGUAUUCGUCACAUGGCCACUGCGGUCUGCUGGGCGACAAUGGCUUGGAAAACGAGCCGAGUAUAAAGCGCAUAGCGGAAAUCUCCGUGGCAUAUGGUAAGGCUGGUGCACAUGUCGUCGCCCCAUCUGACAUGAUGGACAACCGGGUGCGGGCCAUUAAGCAGGCUUUAGUGGACGCUGGACUCACCAGCGUCUCACUGCUGGCCUACUCGGCCAAGUUUGCCUCAAAUUUCUACGGUCCCUUCAGGGAAGCAGCAAAGUCGGCGCCCGCCUUCGGAGAUCGUCGCUGUUAUCAGCUGCCCAGUGGCUCUCGAAACCUGGCCAUGCGGGCGGUACAGCGCGAUGUUAGUGAAGGCGCCGACAUGCUGAUGGUUAAGCCCGGCAUGCCGUACUUGGACAUUCUGCGUCAAACCAAAGACACCUAUCCAUACCAUACCCUGUACGUCUAUCAGGUAUCGGGAGAGUAUGCCAUGCUCUGCCACGCAGCGAAAGCGGGCGCCUUCCCGCUCCGUGAUGCUGUGCUGGAGGCAAUGAAGGGCUUCAGGCGUGCAGGCGCCGAUUGUAUUAUAACCUACUUCACUCCCUACAUGCUGGAUAUAAUCAGCAACUCCGCUUAAGCUGAGAUAAGGCUGCUCCUGAGUAAAGCUCUCUCCAUAUCAAGUGUACUUAAAUGGGAUCAGGAAAUUAUCUAGUUCUUAAGACGAAAGCGUGCAAAUAUUAGUAAUAAUCACAAUUUUAAGACUCAAUUUUUGUUUAAACUUCUGUUUUUAGCUAAUCAUGAUGACGAUUUCAGUACCUUAUUCAUUGCUAUAUAAAUGUACAUAGACAAUAAGCGAUAUUGUAUACUAUUCGUUUGCCAUUCAACAUUCAAUAUGCUUAUCAGUCGGGCAUAUUUGGAAGGCAAAU